CUCGUAUACUGAGCAAGCUAAAUCAAAAUUAACAAACAUAUAUAUUCUAGCUCCUAUUAUAUUUACAACUCAAGAGAAAAAAUAUGGAAGUAGUUCAAGUUCUUCACAUGAAUGGAGGAGUGGGAGAAAAAAGUUACGCCAACAAUUCCUUGGUUCAAAAAAAAGUCAUAUCCAUGACCAAGCCCAUUACGGAAGAAGCCAUAAUUAAUCACUGCAGUACCAAAUUAUCAACGACCGUGGCAAUUGCUGAUUUGGGUUGUUCUUCAGGACCAAACACUUUUUUUGUGGUGUCUGAACUCGUAAAAGUAGUUCACAAGCUUUGCAAGAAACUAGGCUGUGAAUCACCUGAGUUUCAGCUCUACUUGAAUGACCUUCCCGGCAAUGAUUUCAACUCAAUUUUCAGAACCCUCCCAAGCUUCCAACACAGCCUCACAACCCAAAUGGGCACCGGUUUCGGCCCAUGUUUCGUCACCGGUGUUCCUGGCUCCUUCUACGGCAGGCUCUUCCCUACCAAAAGCCUGCAUUUUGUUCACUCAUCUUACAGUCUCCAAUGGCUGUCUCAGGUUCCUGAGGGACUGGAGAAUUAUAACAAAGGUAACAUUUACAUGGCUAGUACAAGCCCACCGAGUGUGAUUAAGGCUUACAAAGAUCAAUUCCAAAGAGAUUUUUCACUGUUUCUCAAGUGUCGAUCGAAGGAAUUAGUGGCUGGAGGAAGUAUGGUUUUAACCAUUCUUGGUAGAAAGAGCGAAGAUCCAACUAGCAAAGAUGGUUGUUACAUUUGGGAGCUUUUGGCUAUGGCACUCAACCACAUGGUCUCAGAGGGUCUUAUCGAGGAAGAAAAAGUGGACAGUUUCAACAUUCCACAGUACACACCGUCGCCAUCAGAAUUGACAGACGAGGUUGUGAAGGAAGGCUCAUUCACCGUCAACAAAGUUGAGGUUUCCCAAGUCCAUUGGAGUGCCUCAGACGACACUGCGUUUGGUACGUCUGAGGAGCUCAACGACGGUGGUUACAGCGUGGCAAAAUGCAUGAGAGCCGUGGCUGAACCACUGCUCGUUAGUCACUUCGGCGAAGCAAUAAUUGACGAGGUGUUCCGCAGGUACAGGGAGAUUAUUGUCGAUCGUAUGUCUAAGGAGAAGACUGAGUUUUUCAAUGUCAUCAUUUCUCUCAACAAAGGAGAUUGAUGAGUAUCAUCAAUCAUCAAUAUCAUCUCCACUAGAAUACAUCUUAGCCAUCUUAUCAUGUUUGGGUAUGUAAUAGUGUAUCAUAUAUGUUUUUUUUUUGUUCAAUAAAAGCUAUCUUAUCAUUAGUAAUAGUGAUCGAUAGCUACUUAUAUACUAGUUGUAUUUUUAAAUAUUUGAUCAAGAAAAUGAAUUUGUUUUUGUUUUA